UUUUUCAACAGCGCUUUAAUUUAACCUCUUCUUCGAGUAUAGUAGUAGUUGGAAAAGAACAAAUGCCUGGUCGCUUCGAUCCCUGCGCAGAGUUUGAUCGUUCAAGAUCCCCGCAUGGAGUUACUGUGGUGCGGCAACCGAAAGGUCCAGCGCCGAUACGAAUUCCCGGGUUAAUUAAACCACGGCCAUUUUAUAAGCAGCGCGCAGAUCGCCUCCAGGCCAAACCAUAGCAGAAGCCAACACAAGCACAUUGGCGUAGACAUGUCGCGGCAGGGCGUGGACGAGGAGGAGGAGGACCGGAAGCCGGUGAUCAAGCCCGGCGUGCACGUGACACUCAAGGUGCGGAACACCGACGGCCACACCGUCUACCGCACCAUGCGGCGGACGGAGCAGCUGCAGAGCCUCAUGGACUUCUACUACGCCAGCGUGCCGGCGGUCCAGCGCGGCACGGGGCGGUUCCUGUACGACGGCGGCCGGCUGCGCGGCUGGCAGACGCCGGCGGAGCUCCAGAUGGAGGACGGCGACGAGGUGGACUUCUUCACCGAGCUGCUGGGAGGCGGCGGGACAAGCGCGCUGCCGAAAGCUGAGCGGGGCAUGGCGGCGGAUCUCCGGUUCGUCACGCUCAAGGUGGUCGAUCAGGAGCAGCGCCUGGUCCGCCGCACCAUCAGGAUGACCGCCCAGCUCCAGAUUGUCAUGGAUGCGUACUACGACGAGGCGGGGGACGUCGUCAGAGGCACCGGCUCCUUCUGGUUCGAAAUCUAGGCAGUAGUGCUCAUAUCAUAUUUGCAUUGCACUUCACCAAGUGAUCGCCGAGCUCUUUAGGGAACGCAAAAUAAAAUAUGAUGCAUUUCGAUGUUCCCGGUUUCAGUUCAUUUCAAUGUCGUCGUAGUUCUAUCUUCACUCCGUUUCUGGCUUCACAAACCACAGUGCUCAUAUGGUUUUCAGAUGGUGGGUUGUAAAAUACUAUGUAUCCAACUAGUCAUUUCGCUGCGUUUGAGGGUCCUUUUUUAUUCGAAAGAUCUUCAUAUAAGAUUUAGUCAUUUAGAUGGAUUAAAAUCGUUAUGAAAUUAUCCUA